AUGGAUACAUUUCAGCGAGGAAAGGCAUAUUGUGCAACACUAUAAGUGGUCCAGUUGGCCUGAUCGCUCAGCACCAAUAAACCCAUCACCGCUUAUCGAACUGAUCACGAAGUUGCGGCCGUUGCAUGAGAAGGGUCCAGUGGCAGUUCACUGCUCAGCAGGGAUUGGCAGAACUGGAACAUUUUGCGCCGUGGAUUACUCUAUUGAUCGACUUAACGAUGAGGGGAUUAUUAAUGCACCCGAAGUAGUGAAAGAGGUUCGCGCACAACGCCUUCAUUCGGUGCAGUCGGUGCUACAGUAUCUGUUCCUGCAUCUGUGCCUCAUUGAGUAUUUGGUGUCCGCAAAAACAUUGCAGCGUGAUCAUUUAGUUAAAAAAUUCCAACGCGAUUACGAGAAAUACUUGAAAAAAUUCAAUGAACGUCUUGCAAAAGAAAAAUAAAU